CAUUUCUUAUAACUAUGUUUGUAUGUCUGCUUUUAGGCAGGUGUCCGCAGCGGGAGGAGGCCCUCUGGGGGGCUGAUGCUGGAGGAAUCAGAGAAAGGACGAUUGGUCGUCUCCAGUGUUGUCGAUGGCUCCUUGGCCAAUCAGGGGCUCAAGGAAGGAGAUGAAAUUGUGAGUGCCACAAUCAACUUUGACCAACUUUCAAAAGACGAUGUGUUGAAAAUACUGAAGCUGAUGGAUGAUAAUGGAUUUGAUGAGAAGGUUCAAAUUCUGACAAAAAAUAAUUUGCGCAAGAGUAUGGGGACCUUGGACAGCUUCAAAGCACCAGAGGAGAUGGUGAAGGAUUCCUAUAACAGACUCAAUGCCAAAAUAAAGAAGUUCAUGAAAGAGGACAGCUCUGGACAACCUACAGCUUCUGGGGAAAGAGGCUCUCCUAACAGACAGGUGAAAGGCAAGGAACCGAGACCUCUCUGGGCCAAGCCUAAUGUCAGAGGAACAGACUCUACAGUGACUCUCGAUGCUCCUGGUGGAGAACUUUCAUUGCCUAAUGCCAACAUGAGUACAUCAGAUCUCUCUCUAGCUCAUUUGAAUGGGUCUUUAGGGGCUGAUCCUGAUGUCAAUAUGUCAGAUUUACCUUCAGUAGACCUUAAAGGUUCCAAAAUAGAUCUAGAAUUGCCAGAUUCAGACAUUGGUAUCCCAUCUGGGAAGAUCAAAACACCAAGUCUUGGAAUGGCUGACUUUGCUAUAUCUGGACCAAGAGUUAGGAAUCCAGACCUGGACCUCACAGCGGUUGAGAUGUGUCUAUCAGACGUCAGUUUGCCUGACCUCAGUACUCCAGAUAUUGAUAUACCCUCAGGUAAAUUCAAACUAAAGAAACCACAUGCAGAACUCAAAGCUCCUGAUUUCGAUGUGGAUGCCCCCUCUGGUAAACUGAAGAUGCCCAAAUUUGACGUCUCUGGCCUAAAAAGAACAGAUCUGGGAAUUGAUGAUGAUGAUGUAAAAACACCAAAACUAAUUCUCAAAGCUCCCAAGAUAAAAGGCGGACUUGAUGCACCUGACUUGGACUUACCCAAAGUCGACCUAAAAUCACCUAAAUUAGAUGUAAACACUCCAGAUAUUGACAUAAACGCACUCUCAGAAAAAUUUAAAAUGCCAAAGUUUAAGAUGCCUAUAUCCGGCCUUUCGGGCCCUAAAGGACCAAAUGAGACUUGGAUGGACCAGAUCUGAGCGUAUUAUCUUCCAAAUUAAAACGGCCAGACUUGGAUUUUGGUAGCCCAUCUGGAAAAUUAAAGAUACCAAGUCUAAAGGUGCCAGACUUUGG